UCAUCUGGUCUCUAUCAUGUGUAUUACUGUACUGUAGUUACACAAGCGCUGAGGGUUUCCCCCGAGUGAACGGUGUAGAUCUGCACUAGUAGUGCUGUGCACAGCUGAAUAUCAAGAAAAUUAACUGCUGGUCGUUUAUGGAGCCCGUGGGGAAAGAUGCGAAGACUAAUCCGGCUGCCUCGGCAAAUAUAUUCUCCCAGAUACUUUUCUGUUGGUUAAAUCCUCUGUUUCGCAUUGGAUACAGACGAAGACUUGAGGAAGAUGACAUGUAUAAACUGCUUCCUGCUGAUGGCUCCAAGAGACUGGGGGAGGAGCUGCAGUGCUAUUGGGACCAUGAAGUGGAGAUGGCAACUAAAGAACUCAGAACUCCUAAACUUACCAAAGCCAUUAUCAAGUGUUAUUGGAAGUCAUAUACCAUCUUGGGCAUAUUCACCCUUAUUGAGGAAUUUAUUAAGUUGGUGCAACCAGUGUUUCUGGGCAAGCUUAUUCAAUACUUUGAGAACUAUGAUCCCAAUAACAUGGAUGCACUGUAUGAGGCCUAUGGGUAUGCUGCUGGGAUGUCUCUCUCCACGGUGGCCCUUGCAUUAAUGCACCACCUUUAUUUCUUCAAUGUCCAGAGAGCUGGCAUGAGAUUUCGAAUUGCCAUGUGCCACAUGAUUUACAAAAAGGCAUUGUGCCUUAAUAGUGUCGCUAUGGGAAAGACCUCCACAGGACAGACUGUCAACCUUUUAUCUAAUGACGUCCACAAAUUUGAUGAGGUGACAAUUUUCUUGCACUUCCUGUGGGUGGGGCCACUGCAAGCUGUAGCUGUAGUUUUCCUUCUGUGGCAGGAGAUUGGACCUUCAUGCUUGGCGGGUAUGGCAGUGAUCAUUUUUCUGCUGCCACUGCAAUCCCUGUUUGGAAAACUUUUCUCUAAAUUCAGGAAUGCGACAGCUGUCCUUACUGACAGCAGAGUAUGCACAAUGAAUGAGGUGGUGUCUGGGAUACGAAUUAUUAAGAUGUAUGCAUGGGAAAAGCCAUUUGCAGCAUUAAUCAAUGACCUCAGAAAGAAAGAGAUUGCUAAAAUCAUGAGCAGCUCCUACUUGCGUGGUCUGAACAUGGCCUCAUUCUUUGCUGCAAGCAAGAUCAUUCAAUUUGUGACAUUCACUGUAUAUGUGUUGGUGGGAAACACAAUCACAGCCAGCCGUGUGUUUAUGGCUGUGUCGCUGUACACUGCUGUUCGCCUCACUGUCACACUCUUCUUCCCCGCUGCCAUUGAGAAAGUGUCUGAGGCCAGCAUCAGCAUCCGUAGGAUCAAGAAGUUCCUUUUGCUGGAUGAGUUGGUUAAACACAACGUGACAAUUCCUCAAGACGAGAACAAGGAAGUGUCUGUGGUGGUCCAGGAUCUCAUUUGCUACUGGGAGAAGAGUCUGGAUGUUCCAACACUGCAAAACAUAUCCUUCAGUCUGAAGAUGGGCCAGCUCCUUACUGUUAUUGGCCCUGUUGGUUCUGGAAAGUCAUCUCUGCUCAGCACCAUUCUGGGAGAGCUGCCACAGGACAAAGGAGUAGUGAAGGUCACUGGGAAUCUGACCUAUGCAUCCCAGCAGCCCUGGAUGUAUCCAGGUACUAUCCGCAGCAACAUCCUCUUUGGAAAGGAACUACAGCCACAAAGAUAUGAAAAAGUUCUGAAGGCCUGUGCUCUUAAGAAGGACAUGGAGGUACUCCGUGAGGGAGAUCUGACUGUGAUUGGGGACCGAGGGGCUACUCUCAGUGGAGGUCAGAAGGCUCGAGUUAACCUGGCCAGGGCUGUUUAUGAAGAUGCUGAUAUUUACCUGUUGGAUGACCCCCUAAGUGCAGUCGAUGCAGAAGUGGGGCGACAUCUGUUUGAUCAUUGUAUUUGUGGCAUUCUAAAGAAAAAAACAAGGAUCCUGGUGACUCAUCAGCUGCAGUACCUGAAAGCAGCUGAUCAUAUCCUGGUUUUGAAAGAGGGUCACAUAGUGGUGCAGGGCACGUACAAAGAGCUUCUGCGUUCAGGUGUGGACUUUACAUCUCUGUUAAAGAAGGAUGAGGAGGAAGACCAGACACUAAGGACUGGGACCAUAGAGUCUUCUCGUAGCCGAACCCUUUCACAGAACUCUGUUCACUCGGGGACCUCAUCAGUGGUGUCCGAUAAAGAUGAAGCAGAUCAGCUGCCUGCAGAACCCGUUCAGACUAUGUCAGAUGAAAGUCGCACUGAGGGGAAAAUAGGAGUCCGCAUCUAUCUGAAAUACUUAACUGCUGGAGUCAAUGUACUCGUGCUGCUUAUCCUUGUUCUGCUCAACCUGUUUGCACAGACAUCCUAUAUUCUUCAAGACUGGUGGCUUGCAUACUGGGCUACAGAACAGGGGAAGCUGAAUGUGCUAAACCAAAACCUUACGUUCACCAAUAGCAUUAACAUCAGCCUUAAUCAGAAUGUUACUCAAAAGCUCUCCACUGAAUACUACCUGGGCAUUUAUUCAGGUUUAACAGUAGCCACUGUUCUGUUUGGCUUCACACGCAGUUUGAUUAUGUUUAAGGCUUUAGUGUGCUCUGCCCAGACGCUCCACAAUCGCAUGUUCAACUGUAUCCUCAGGACCCCUGUCCACUUUUUUGACAUUAACCCUACAGGAAGAAUACUUAAUCGGUUCUCAAAGGACAUUGGUCACAUAGACUCCAUGUUGCCCUUGACAUUUGUGGACUUUAUCCAAGUGUUUCUGCAAAUCGUAGGUGUCAUUGCUGUGGCUACCUCAGUCAUCCCAUGGAUUCUGGUCCCUGUGCUGCCCCUCCUUAUAGUCUUCCUCUUUUUAAGACGCUAUUUCCUACAGACCUCACGUGACAUCAAGCGACUUGAAGCCACUACUCGAAGCCCUGUAUUUUCUCACUUAUCAUCCUCCCUACAAGGCCUAAGUACUAUUCGUGCCUUCAAGGCUGAGGAAAGAUUCCAGCAAACCUUUGAUUCCCAGCAAGACCUGCACUCAGAGGCCUGUUUCUUAUUCCUAACCACUUCACGUUGGUUUGCUGUGCGUCUGGAUGGAAUGUGUUCCAUGUUUGUCACCAUUACUGCCUUUGGAUGCCUUCUCCUGAGAAACAGUUUGGAGGCAGGUUCUGUUGGCUUAACCUUGUCCUAUGCUGUAACCCUGAUGGGCAUGUUCCAGUGGGGUGUCAGACAGAGUGCUGAAGUUGAGAAUCUGAUGAUCUCGGUAGAAAGGGUGGUGGAAUACACAGAGCUGGAGAAUGAAGCAUCAUGGGAAACACAGAAGCCACCUUCAGAGUGGCCAAGCCAGGGAUUAAUUACUUUUGACCAGGUCAACUUCUCCUACAGUUCCAAUGGGCCUUUGGUGCUGAAAAACUUAACAGUAAUGUUCAGACCCAAAGAAAAGGUUGGCAUCGUGGGUAGGACAGGUGCAGGAAAGAGUUCUCUGAUCUCUGCACUGUUCCGACUGGCAGAGCCACAAGGAAAGAUCUACGUGGACGGUGUGUUAAUUUCUGAUAUUGGACUCCAUGACCUUCGCCAGAAGAUAUCUAUUAUCCCACAAGAUCCAGUGUUAUUCACUGGGACCAUGAGAAAGAACCUAGACCCCUUCAAGGAGUACUCGGACAAGGAUUUAUGGAAUGCUUUAGAGGAGGUCCAGCUGAAGUCUGUGGUGGAGGAGUUGCCUGGUAAGCUAGAGACCAUUCUGGCUGAAUCUGGUUCUAACUUCAGUGUUGGCCAGCGGCAGCUUGUGUGUCUUGCCAGGGCCAUCCUGAGGAAGAACCGAAUCCUUAUUAUUGAUGAAGCAACAGCUAACGUAGACCCCAGAACAGAUGACCUCAUUCAGAAGACCAUUCGGGAGAAGUUUCAGGAGUGCACUGUCCUAACCAUUGCCCACAGACUCAACACAAUCAUAGACAGUGACCGAAUACUGGUUCUCGAUGGGGGCCGCAUACAUGAAUAUGAUGAACCUCAUGUGCUGCUCCAAAACAAGGAUGGAAUCUUCUACAAGAUGGUGCAUCAGACAGGAAAAGCAGAGGCAGCCUCAUUAAUACAGCUGGCAAAAGAGGCAUAUAUGAACUGUCAUCAGCCGAAGUUGGCGAAUGGCCUGACCUCCAACAAAGAAGCUAACCUGGUUAUCUUUGAGACUGCUCUGUGAGAGCCUGGUGCAAUUACGUUUGAAGGCUUCCUGCAGCUAGUCCACCACAUGCAUCUAUGGAAGACUCAGAUGAUUUGAUGUCUGUACGUAAUUUAUGUAUAUAAUUUCAAGAAUGUAUUCACCUCCUGUGUAUAUUUUUUGUCUUUUCUCUCUUUUGCAACUUCAAACUUAAUUACAUGGGAAUGGCAUUUUUUUCCUGCUCAUUGUCAUCAAUUGUAUGCUUACACAAUAAGUAUUACUGACCUUGGGAGGUCUCAAAGCUAAAAUGGUAGAUCUGAUCAGUCCUGUGUGUCAUGAAGACCAAGGAACUGCCAAUGAAGCUUUAAGAUUGUCACCCCUAUUUUCUUUUUGAACAUCACAUUCAAAAACCAUGGGCAUACAUACCAUCUCUGCUGCUGUAACAGCCUAUACUCAUUACGUAAGAGUGGAAUAUGUAUGUGGGAUUUGUGCCCAUUCAGGCAUAAGAGCAUUCAUGAGGCCUGGCAUCCAUUCAGAGUUCCAAUUAAUAUCUAAAGUGUUCAUUAGGGUUGAGAACAGGGCUCUGUGAAGACAAAUCAAAUUUGGCAACCUUGGCAAACCAUGACUUUAUGAACUUCACUUUGUGCAUAUGGGCAAACUAAUUGACUGUUGGUAAUGAGGUCAUCAGUGCCUUAUAACAGAAUAGUGGCCAUAUAUGCACUGUAUAAAAAAUGUGAAAAAGCGUUUGCCCAAUCCUGAUUUCUUCUGUUUUUGUAUAUAUGUUAUGUUAAAUAGUUUUAACAAAAUACAACAUAACGCAAUACAGUUUUUUUUUUAUUAUUAUUGAAGUAAAAAAAAAAAAGUUAACCAAAACCUAUCGUCAAUGUGAAAAACUAAUUGACCAGCAAUAACUGCAAGCAAACGCUUCCGAUAACUGGAGAUCAGUCUAGGACUAGGAUUUACUCCUAUGCUUUGGAUCAUUGCCUUGCUGCAUAAUCCUGUUUCAACUUACAGACUGAAGACCAGACAUUCUCCUUUAGGAAUUUUUGGUAAAGAGCAGAAUUCCUGUUUCCCUCAAUUUAUUGCAAGUUGCCCAGGCCCUAAAACAGCAAAGCAUCCCCACACCAUCACACUUCCACCACGCUUGACUGUAGGUAUGAUGUCCUUUUUGUGGAAUUCUGUGUUUGGUUUAUAUCAGAUGUAACGGGACUUCUGUCUUCCAAACAGUUCCACUUUCAACCAAUCGGUCCACAUUCUCCCAAAAGGUUUGAGGAUCAUCAAGGUGUGUUUUGGCAUAAUUGAGAAGAGCCUUAAUGUACUUCUCGGUUAGCAGUGGUUUUCACCUCACCACUCUUCCAUGGAUGCCAUUUUUGCCCAGUGUUUUUCUGAUAGUCGAGUCAUGAACAGUGACCUUUUUUCAUGCAAGAGAGGCCUGUAGGUGCUUUGAUGUUGUCCUUGGCUCUUUUGUGACUGGCUGGAUAACUAGUUGCUGUGCUCUUGGAAUAAUUUUGGAAGGUUAGCAACUUCUCGGAAGGUUCACUACUGUGCCGAGUUUAUCCAUUUGGAGAUAAUAGCGCGCACUCUGGUUCUUUGGUGUCCAAGAACCUUUGUAACCCUUCCGAGACUGAUGUAUUUCAAUCAUUCAUGAUGUAUUUCAAUCCUCAUCAUUUCUGGAAUUUUUUUUCAAUUUUGGCAUAGUGUGUUACUGGGUAAGACCUUUUAACCAACUUCAUGCUGUUGAAAAAUUUCUAUUUAAGUGUUGAUAUGAUUGAACAUGGCUGGCAGUAAUCAGGCCUGGUUGUGUCUAGUCCAGCUGAACCCCAAUGUGAAUGCAGUUUCAUAGAAUUGGGGAAUUAGUAACUAUGGGGCAAAUACAUUUUCACACAGGCCCAGUUGGUAUUGGAUAACUUUUUUGCUUCCGUAAAUAACUAUCAUUUAAAAACUGUAUUUUGAGUUCACUCAGGUUGCCUUUGGUUUAUCUUAGAUUUUGUUUUAAUUUCUGAAACAAUUUAAUAUGAGAUGUACACAAAAACAGAAGAAUACUUUUUCACAGCACUGUAAUGAGUCGGAGGGAGCUCUAUAAGACUAUAUAUGUUGUCUGUUCUUAGAGGAAUAUGAUGUUUUCUUUCUCAUCUACACCACACAUACUGCAUAUCUUAAUCAUCACUCCUUUAAUCAGGCUGAAUGAAGCAAAAAAGUCCCAGUGUGUGGGAACUCAGUGUACUCUGUUUUCAGCUGUAUUGUACAGGUUUUCUAUAGCACAUGUGCUGCAAUACUGCUCAGGAAGUAAAUAACAUACCAUUUGUUCUACAGUAGAUACCUUUAAUGAAAAGUCUUUUACACCACAGAAGAUACACCAAUCAGCCAUAACAUUAAAACCACCUGCCUAAUAUUGUGUAGGUAACCCCUUGUGCCACCAAACAGCUCUGACCAGUCAAGGCAUGGACUCCACAAAACCUCUGAAGGUGUGUUGUGUUAUUUGGCACCAAGACAUUAGCAGCAGAUCCUUUAAGUCAUUUAAGUUGCAAGGAGGGUACAUGACCGAUCUGUGACUACACAGCUCCAUACACAGCAAGCUGUGAUGCACUGUGUGUUCUGACACCUUUCUAUUAUAGCCAGCAUUAACUUUUACAGCAAUUUGUGCUACAGUAGCUCUUCUGUGGGAUUGGACCAGAUGGGCUAGCCUUUGCUCCUACUGCACGUUAAUGAGCUUUGGGCGCCCAUGACCUUCUUGCCGGCUCACUGGUUGUCCUUCUUUGGACCACUUUUGGUAGGCACUAACCAAUGCACUUGCACAUUGCACAAUGGAACAUACAUUUACAUUUAUUCAUUUAGCAGACGCUUUUAACCAAAGCGACUUACAAAUGAGAAAAUACAAGCAAAACACCCCACAAGACCUGCCAUUUUGGAGAUACUCUGAUCCAGUCAUCUAGCCAUCACAGUUUGGCCCUUGUCAAAGUCAUUCACAUCCUUACACUUGCCCAUUUAUCCUGAUUCCUACACAUCAACUUCGAGAACUGACUGUUCACUUGCUGCCUAAAUGCCUAUACAUCCCACCCCUUGACAAGUGCCAUUGUAAGAUGAUAAUCAAUGUUUAUCACUUCAUCUGGUUUUAAUGUUAUGGCUGAUUGGUGUAUGUAAAGAAAAUAAAUAUUCUAUUUUUUAUAUAUCUAGGUAGUAAUGCUAAACAACAAAUCAGAAUGUUAAGAUAUCUCUCAGCUUGUUCAGUGAUAACCAUCCAUACUUAAGGUUUAAUAAUUAUUAAACAGAAAUAUAUUUUUAAAUGUCUUGUCUGUAUAUUAAACUUGUAAAUCUGUUUGUUGUGAAGCUUUUGUGAACCAGUGUUUAAGUCGAAAACCUUUUUCCUGCUCAUAUUAUGUGUAACUGAAAGAUAAAAAUAAAAUCUUGACAUGAACAA